AUGUCUGAUCUCCCUCUGAAAUUUGAGACGCUCCAGCUCCAUGCGGGCCAGGAGCCGGACCCGACUACGAAAGCGCGGGCCGUGCCCAUCUACGCUACCACGAGCUACGUCUUCAAUGACUCGGCCCAUGGCGCCCGCCUCUUCGGCCUCAAGGAGUUUGGCAACAUUUACUCCAGGAUAAUGAACCCCACUGUUGAUGUGUUCGAGAAGAGAAUCGCCGCUCUGGAGGGAGGCGUCGCUGCAGUGGCCGCGUCCUCCGGUCAGGCUGCCCAGUUCAUGACAAUCGGUGCGCUAGCGCACGCGGGCGACAACAUCGUCUCGACGUCGAACUUGUACGGCGGCACUUACAACCAAUUCAAGGUCCUCUUCUCCCGCUUCGGCAUCACCACCAAGUUCGUCAACGGCGACAAGGCCGAGGACUUUGCCGCGGCUAUCGACGACAAGACCAAGGCAGUCUACGUCGAGAGCAUCGGCAACCCGCGGUACAACGUGCCCGACUUCGAGGCCAUUGUCAAGGUUGCCCACGAGAAGGGCGUGCCGGUCGUGGUUGACAACACUUUUGGCGCUGGCGGAUACUAUGUGCGGCCGAUCGAGCACGGCGCCGACAUCGUCGUGCACUCGGCGACCAAGUGGAUCGGCGGCCACGGCACCACGAUCGGCGGUGUCAUCGUCGACAGCGGCAAGUUCGACUGGGGCAAGCACGCCAAGCGGUUCCCCCAGAUGGUCGAGCCGUCUGAGGGCUACCACGGCCUCAAGUUCUGGGAGACCUUCGGCCCCAUCACCUUCGCCAUCCGCGUGCGGGUUGAGCUCCUCCGCGACCUCGGCGCCUGCCUGAACCCGUUCGCGGCGCAGCAGCUCCUGCUGGGCAUCGAGACGCUGUCGCUGCGCGCCGAGCGGCACGCGCAGAACGCACUGGCGCUGGCGCAGUACCUCGAGAAGAGCGAGUACGUGUCGUGGGUGUCGUACCCCGGCCUCCCGAGCCACCCGUCGCACGAGACGGCCAAGAAGUACCUCAAGCGCGGCUUCGGCGGCAUCUUGAGCUUCGGCGUGAAGGGCGGCGGCGCUGCCGGCAGCCGCAUCGUCGACGGCUUCAAGCUGAUCUCCAACCUGGCCAACGUCGGCGACUCCAAAACGCUGGCGAUUCACCCGUGGACAACAACCCACGAGCAGCUCACCGACGAGGAGAAGAUCAGCUCGGGCGUCACCGAGGAUCUCAUCCGCAUCUCGGUCGGGACGGAGCACAUCGACGACAUCAUUGCCGACUUUGAGCAGUCAACAACGGUCGACACAAUGCGCCUCCGAUCCACCCUCCUAACCAGCGCUCUAGCCUUCCUUUCCCUCGCCGGCAGCACCGCCGCCGCGGCCGACGCCCACCACCACCAGCAAACGCAAACGACGACGCUCACGCUCCGCGUCCCGCCGGCCCCGCCCGCGCUGCCGAACCCGCACCUCCUCCCCGCCAGCACGCGCGCCACGCUGACCACGCUCGGCCGCGCCCUCGCCGCCCCGCUGUCCGCCGCCAACACGUUCGUCUUCCCCAACGUCUCGGCCGGGUCCUACCUCGCCGACGUGCACUGCGCGACGCACGCCUUCGCGCCGCUGAGGGUCGAUGUCGCGAGGGUCGCUGCCGGGCCCGGAGGAGCGGGAGGCGACGAGGAGGAGGGAGGGGCCGGGAAGGAGGGGUGGAGUGUCAGGGUGUGGGAGACGUUCCGCGGGAAUGAUUGGGGGAAUAAGGGCGAGGAGGUGCCCGUGUUGCGGGGAGGGGUGGUGGAUGUGCGGGUGCAGGGGGGGAAGGGGUAUUUUAUGGAGAGGAGUUCUUUCUCGGUGCUGAGCAUCUUCAAGAACCCGAUCAUCCUGCUCAGCCUGGUGAGCAUGGCGCUGUUCUUCGGCAUGCCGAAGCUGGUCGAGAAUAUGGACCCCGAGAUGCGCGCCGAGUGGGAGGCGCGGCAGAAAGAGAACCCCAUGAACGCGCUCAUGGGCGCGGCGUCGGGCCAGAACGCGAACCCGAUGGGCAACUUUGAUAUGGCCGCCUACUUGGCCGGCUCGUCGUCGAACAAGGCCGACGAGGGCAACGGCGGCAAGGGGAAGGCCGAGAGCAAGAAGAAGAGGUAGUUGGGUGGCUGGUCAGCAGAGGUGAAAUGGUUUAGUGUACGCAUUCGGGAUAUGAAAAAUCACAUAGAGGUGGCUAUUUGGGAAUUGCCCACCCGUUUGUGAAUCACCCUGUCCAUCAGCCAGGUAGUUGAGCGCGCUUUGAGGUAGACUUCGAGGACCGACCAUCAACACUGCCGCCUACGCAACGUGAAGCGGUGCGACCUGCAACUUACGC